AUGGAGCAAAAAGGAUUAAUCGAUACAGCUAUCAUCAAGUCCCUGAAAGAUGAGUACCGCUAUUUGAACAUAUGGCCCAAGUUAAAUGCCUAUAAAUUGUACAACGUGCAUAAUAACUACGAUUCGUUAUGUAAAGAAAUUAGCUCUCAAUCUAAGGGAAGGGUAGAAAGGGAUGUCUGUACUGCCUUCUUUGGAUACGUAGAGGAUGUUGUUAGAGGAGAACAUAAUGCAAAAAUUCGAGGCAUCUACGAAGAUUUCGUGAAAUUAAAUUAUCAAGACCCUGUGUCUUUUCCUGUUUAUGGCAGCCACUUGAUAAAUUUUUUAUACUAUUUUAAAAGGGUAGCGAAACAGAAGAUGCUGAAAAAUAUUCGUAUGAUUAAGGAGUUGUACGAAGACGAUAAAAAGUUGAAGGGAAUAAUGAAGCUAUUUUAUUUUCAUGAGAAUGUUGGAGACAUUAAAGGAAAAUUAUCAAAUCAUCAAAAUAGGGAUUAUAAGGAAGCAUGCAAAUAUGUGAAUGAUUGCAUAGAUGUGUACAGAGACUUUUUAGAUUAUAUGUGCCCCACUGAGUACUAUGAUAAGCUGACCGACAGUACCGUCUGCAAUGAGUUGCAUGUUUUUUUUGAUGACUAUGAUAAGAUUCUUUAUCGCCCUUUGAAGAGUCAUAACCGAAUUGGUUCUCUGAGGGACUUCCCAGAUACGGCUAGAGUUAAAUGUGAUUUGAGCGAGCCCCUUUACAAGCACUACCCAACGUUUACCUUCUUUAGACACAUCAAGCCGGAUGUAACUCCAUUCGGUAUCACGACGAUUACCUUUUUCUGCAUGCUGGGCUUCUUUUUGUCUAUGUAUAUUUUGUAUAAGUUCACCCCGCUGGGAGCCAAGUUCAACCCCCGUAUGAAAAAUGUCAAGAGGACAUGGAGAGACGUACACCGAGAUAAUGACUACGCGAAUCGUAGGAGAGAUUUUGAUGAGAGUACUUAUGGUGCGAGUACAUAUGGUGCGAGUACAUAUGGUGCGAGUACAUACGGUACGAGUACCUUUGAUGGAACGAGUACCUUUGAUGGAACGAGUACCUUUGAUGGAACGAGUACCUUUGAUGGGGCGAGCACGUUUGAUGGGGCGAGUACCUUUGAUGGGGCGUCGACGGCCACAGAUGACUCCUUUAACAUUCGUUACCACUCACAGAGGCAUUAGGGGUACUUGAAGGGUAGGAGCCGCGACGAGCUGGAGGCGCUGAAGGAGGCGGAUUGUUAGUAUUCUGGCCUGUGCAUCGAAUGGCCUAUCGAGCGUGCGUCGCUACACAGAUCUGUGACGCGUUAUUAACCGGUUUUCCUUUUGCACUAUAAGUAGACACUCGCUGUGUAGAUGAAGUGGUGAUAAUACUAUGCGUAUGAUUACCGCGGCGAUGAGGAGGCAACAGAUUCUACGUGUCACCAAGGGGGGAUGGAAAGGAAAGAUCCCUUCGUGGAGUGCAGGCGUUGGACGUGUGCGUGUAUAUGUGUAUACUUAUGUGUGUAUAUAUAUAUAUGCAUAUGCGGCGCUGCGCCUUCGGACGCCCCCAGCUCUCGAAGUGAAAUGCUCGCGCGCAACUCGAAAGAAGUUUCAUUUAACCUUAGAAGAAAAUAGUACCAACACACAUGGGGGUGGGAGGAAGAGGAAACACAACAAAAAUGGAACGAUCACAUUUGAUAGCAGUGAUUUAUUGUGAUACUAUUUUUGUUGUAUAGGCAAAUUAAUGGGGGGAAAAAAAAGGAAAAAAAAAAGAAAAAAAAGAAGUUGUAUUUUUCACAUUUUUGAAGUAAAAGUGUGUGUUAAUGAGAAAAGGGGGGAGAAGAUGAGGGGGCCUGGUGGUUGUAGGGGGUAAUGUAGCGUAUCCUAUCAUGUACCAGUCAUCUGAAUGGGUAAAUUUUUCAAGACGGCAUGUUUGAAUCUUUUUAAACUUACCUAGAAAAAGGAGCGCGUAUGUGAGGAGAAUCUCUCCCUGCUCUUUAUUUCUGCUCCUCCUCCUCCUCAUCCUCCUCCCCCUUUUCCCUCCUGCUGUGAACCCCCUAUCUGUAUCAUUUGCGUAUCAAUGACCCACCCUUUUUUCAUGUGUGUCGUUCCAACACAUCGUCAAACUUAUGAAUGAUUACACCCCACUCCCUUUCCUCUUGUUUUUACAUGUGCCAGUUCAUAUCAUUCGCUUAUGCCCACCCUUUGUGUUAACGUGUAUAUGUAUAAGUAGAUGUGCAUAAGUGUGCAUAAAUGUGUAUAAAUGUUUAUAUGUGUAUAUGUGUAUAUGUAUAUAUGUGUAUAAAUGCAUAGAUGUUUAGAUGUUUAGAUGCAUAGAUGUUUAGAUGUUUAGAUGCAUAGAUGUUUAGAUGUAUAAAUGCAUAUUGAUGUAUAAAUGCAUAUUGAUGUAUAUAGAUUUAUAUAGAUGUAUAUUGAUAUAUAUGGGUAGCAUAUACAGACGUUUGCAGACGUGUGCAGAUGUACGCAGAUGUACGCAGAUGUACGCAGACGUGUGUAUGUAUAGUGCCCCUUUUUCCUAAUUAAUAUUCGCAUAAACAAACUCUUUUAUAAAAAUACGCCUAAAUAUGUUUGUACUAUGUUU